CGUUGCAUAGUCAUGUCGAAAAUCUUAUUUGGCAUUCCGCUGUAUGCAAAUUGUAAAAACGAAACAAAUUAAAUAAUAAUAAUUUGCUUCUUGGAUUAAAUGCUCCAGUAUCCGACUUCACUUUGGCCUUUUGAGGUUGUUACAUUAUACGAUUAAGGCUAUGUUAGGCUACUAUGGAAUCCGGAAAUAUAUUUCGCCAUAUGUGAGCCUCCUCCUUGGCACCAUGCCAGCGAACGGGAACUCGAGACAAAAUAUUUGUUUCUAAUUCUUGCUGAUAAUCUGGUCAAAAAGUGGAUAGUUCCAGAAUCUUCGGUGUCGAUGGUCAGCCGACUAUGUCCAACACCGACGUAACUCGGAAUAACUUAGUUUACUCGCCCGUCGCGAAUGCAGGUGAAGCUUUUUAUUCUAGCCAACCGAACUGUAGCAUUUCAGAACCGCCUUCCAGAAGGGAAAACAUCGAAUUGAGACUAAGGUGUUUCGGAAAUAUAAUGAAUGACGAGCCGGACUUUUUAUUUUGAAGUGUAUUAUUAACGCUGUGAAGACUUGGAAAUUCUUUUUUAAAAGACAUUUUUUCCUCCAUUUAUCAGUUGCCGGCUACUGGUAAAGACGUAGGCUACUCAAAGUUCAGGGAGCGUCUGCCUGACGGGCAUUGCUUUCCGCUGUCUUGAGCGCUUCGCUUUUGCUUUGCCAACAGAUGCCCGUAAAUUUCAUAUCUCCUCGUGUUGUCGAAUAAAGGAUUCACUCAAGUGAACCAGUUGUCCUUACAAGAUCAACAUGUGUAGGCUACUAUGAAAAAAAUGUAAAGUUUUCUCAAAAAUCGCUCCGUGUUAGGCAGUAGCGUGUUAGAACUCGCAUAGAACAUUGUAGCGUAUCAUCUAGGAACUUGCUUUGCUUGUUUUAAAUACAUAUUAAUUGAAAUGCAUUCAAUAAAGAAGGCGUGUACACUAACUUUUCAAUAACACUGUUGACGCGGCUAUUGCAUGGCACUUAUAUGGGAGAAAUUUUCUGAUUCUUGCUUCUUUACGCAAUUGGAGCUUGAAGUCUCUCUCCCCCCCCCCCCCUCUCUCUCUCUCUCUCUCUCUAAAAAUGUAAUCUAGUUACAACUGGACCAAACAGAUUAGACAAACUACCUGACCCGAGAAUAAUUGUGAUGCGGACGAGAUGACAAAGCGCAAGAUGCAGGGUAGCAUAAACACGCGCCUCCCCAGGCGUAAGGUGCUCGUACCGCAUAGCGAGUGAAGCACCGUUUUCAGGAGAGAGAACUCAAAUUUUCGUAGCCUACUGGCAAAAAAAUUAAGAAUAAGGAGGUGGGGAAAUAACUGACUGAAUCGCAAUGGAGGUCGCUCCUUGUCAGCCAGCAGCAGAGACCGGGGGUGACCACACCGCAAGCAUUUUAAUGACAGCCGGCGUGGAGAGAGCGGAGGUCGCCAGCCCCAGCCUGCUGUCCAAGCAGCGCUCCCUCCGGGCGGUUUACGUGCUUAAUGACGGAUUGAAGGCUGUGGCCGCUAACAGUCCAGAAUCCGGCGCCCUGCAGUGCCUUCAGCGAGCGUGCGACGCCGAGAGUGCAAUCCUGACUACCGUUACUUUCGGCCGACUGGACUUUGGGGAGACCACGGUAUUGGACACGUUCUAUGAUGCAGACAUCGCUGUGGUGGACAUGAGCGAUGUGUUCAGGCAGCCCUCCCUCUUCUACCACCUGGGUGUGCGGGAGAGCUUCGACAUGGCCAACAAUGUCAUCCUGUACCAUGACACUGACCCUGAUACCGCCCAGUCCCUCAAGGACAUGGUGGCACAGAAAAACACAGCUGCAAGGCAGAGUACUGUAGGCUUCCCGUGGGUGCAGUUGCCUCCAGAAUACUGUGGUUCUGGCCUAAGGAACAAAGCAUCCAGUGGAAACUACUACUUCAUUCCCUAUGUGAUGACUCCCAACCAUGAGUACAUGUGCUGUGAGAAUGACGCCCAACGCCGAGCCUCUGAAUACAUGCAGCCCAGCUGGGACAACCUGUUGGGCCCUCUGUGCGUCCCCUUGGUGGACCGCUUCACCAACUUGCUCAAGGACAUCCAUGUCACCUCUUGCGCCUCCUUCAAAGACACACUCCUAAAUGACAUCCGAAAAGCACGUGAUAAGUACCAGGGUGAGGAGCUAGCCAAAGAGUUGUCCCGCAUCAAACUCCGCAUUGACAACACAGAAGUACUGACCCAGGAUAUUGUCAUGAACCUGCUCUUCUCCUACAGAGACAUACAGGACUAUGAUGCCAUGGUGAAGCUGGUUCAGACACUGGAAAUGCUGCCCACCUGCGAUCUGGCUAACCAGCCAAUGAUCCAAUUCCACUACGCCUUUGCCCUCAACAGGCGGAAUAGUCCAGGGGACAGGGAACAGGCACUGCGGGUGAUGCUCCAGGUGCUGCAGUCAUGUGACCACCCUGCUCCGGACAUGUUCUGUCUGUGUGGGAGGAUCUAUAAGGACAUCUUUCUGGACUCUGACUGUAAGGACACCAAGAACAGAGACAACGCAAUCCAGUGGUACCGUAAGGGUUUUGAGUUGCAGCCAACGCUGUAUUCUGGGAUAAAUCUGGCUGUCCUGCUUAUUGUCGCCGGGCAGCAGUUUGAGAGCUCUAUCGAGCUACGAAAAAUUGGGGUACGUUUGAACAGCCUUUUGGGGCGGAAGGGGAGCUUAGAGAAGAUGAAUAACUAUUGGGAUAUGGGUCAGUUCUUCACGGUCAGCAUGUUGGCCAAUGAUAUCCCUAAAGCUGUACAGGCUGCUGAGAAGCUCUUCAAACUCAAGCCCCCAAUCUGGUACUUACGCUCAGUGGUUCAGAACCUCCAGCUUAUCCAGCGAUUUAAAAAGCAGAACCUGGAACAUUCACCUCAGAGGGAGAGGCUCAACUUCUGGAUGGACAUCAUUGUAGAGGCAACCCGCGGGACCACCAACGGACUCAGAUUCCCGGUGCUGAUCCUGGAGCCAACUAAGAUCUACCAGCCAUCCUACGUAUCAAUUAACAGUGAAGCUGAGGAGAAGAAUGUGUCCAUAUGGCACGUGUCCCCAGCAGAAACAAAAGGAAUCCAUGAGUGGAACUUCACAGCCACAUCGAUCAAAGGAAUAAGCAUUUCCAAAUUUGAUGAGCGUUGCUGCUUCCUGUAUGUGCACGACAACUCAGACGACUUCCAGAUCUACUUCUCCACCGAGGACCAGUGCGGAAGGUUCUGCUCCAUGGUGAAGGAAGUUAUUUCAGAUGGGUCUGGGAAUGCUGUUGAGUUGGAGGGGGAAGGGGAUGGAGACACGCUGGAGUACGAAUAUGACUACAAUGAGAACGGGGACAGGGUGGUGUUGGGGCGGGGCACAUAUGGAGUGGUGUACGCAGGGAGGGACCUGAGCAACCAGGUGCGCAUCGCCAUCAAAGAGAUUCCAGAGAGGGACAGCAGGUACUCUCAGCCCCUCCACGAGGAGAUUGCGCUGCACAAGUACCUGAAACACAGGAACAUUGUACAGUACCUGGGCUCUGUGUCUGAGGAUGGUUACAUCAAGAUAUUCAUGGAGCAGGUCCCUGGAGGAAGCCUAUCUGCCUUGCUGCGAUCCAAGUGGGGUCCACUGAAGGAGGCCACCAUCAUCUUCUACACACGGCAGAUCUUGGAAGGGCUGCGCUACCUGCACGAGAACCAAAUCGUCCACCGAGACAUCAAGGGGGACAACGUUCUGGUGAACACCUACAGUGGGGUUCUCAAGAUCUCUGACUUCGGCACAUCCAAGAGGCUGGCUGGGGUCAACCCUUGCACUGAGACCUUCACGGGCACGUUGCAGUACAUGGCCCCUGAGAUCAUUGAUAAAGGGCCCCGUGGGUACGGAGCCCCUGCAGACAUCUGGUCCCUGGGCUGCACCAUCAUUGAAAUGGCUACAGGCAAACCUCCCUUCCAUGAGCUCGGAGAGCCCCAGGCCGCCAUGUUCAAGGUAGGAAUGUUCAAAAUCCACCCGGAGAUUCCAGAAUCUCUGUCAGCUGAGGCCAAGUCCUUUAUCCUGCGCUGCUUCGAACCUGACCCCAACAAGAGGGCUACGGCCGGUGACCUGCUGAAGGACAUGUUUGUGCGUCACAACAUGAAGGGCAAGAAGAACAAGAUCGCCUUCAAACCUUCUGUGUGGCAAGACUACAUCCGCAGCGUGUCGCUCCCGGUGCAGCUGCAGGUGGAGGCGGCGGGAAGCAGCAGCAGCGAGCACGGCUCCGUCUCGCCCGACUGCGAUGCCAAGCAUGACGUCUUCUUUGAGAAAAAAAAACGCUCAGGGUCUGAGAACCUCAUCAAGCCACCUAGCAGCAACUUCCUCAGUGUACCAGAUGAGGGCUCUGCUUCAGAGGACCGAAGUGCACCUCCCUCCCCAGAAGACCGGGACUCAGGCCUCUUCCUGCUGAAGAAAGACAGCGAGAGGCGGGCCAUCCUGUACAAAGUUUUAAAUGAGGAUCAGGACAAGGUCAUAUCCAACCUCAUGGAGAACCAUAUACAGGGUGGAGAGGAAUUAAAACUCUCAGUAGACCACAUCAAGCAGAUAAUCUGCAUCCUGCGUGACUUCAUCCGUUCCCCUGAAAGACGUGUCAUGGCAACCACCAUCUCAAAGUUGAAGCUGGACCUGGACUUUGACAGCACCUCCAUCAACCAGAUACAGCUGGUCCUGUUUGGAUUCCAAGAUUCGGUAAACAAGGUCCUGAGAAACCACCACAUCAAACCCCACUGGAUGUUCGCCAUGGACAACAUCAUCCGUCGGGCAGUACAGGCUGCUGUCACCAUCCUAAUCCCAGAGUUGCAGACUCAUUUUGGCCCAGCAUCGGAGAGUGAGGGAGCUGACAAGGAUGCAGACGAGGUGGACGAGGAGGAAGGGGCGGAGUUUGGGGCAGCAGAGCCUGCCGUGCCAGAGGACCCCGGGCUCACCUCAGGUGUCAGCACGCUGAGUUCCGUGUUGUCCCAAGAGUCUCAGCGUCAGCACCAUCCACUGGGGGCCCAGCUGGGGCGGCUCAAACAGGAGACCAGCCGGCUGUUGGAGGAGCUGGUGCAGAAGGAGAAGGAGUACCAGCAAGUGCUGAGGCAGACCCUCCAGCAGAGGGCGCACGAUCUGGAGCUUGUGAGAGUCAAGACCCGAUCGACUGAAAUGAUUCCGCCUUCCAUAUUUCACAUCCCAGCUGACGUGGAGCCAGAUAAGGAGCUCACUGAUUGGCUGAAGGAGCAGGGGGCAGACUCAGACACCAUGGAGAAGUUUGUCAUGGAGGGCUACACACUGAAUGAUGUCCUCAAUGAUGUCACCAAAGAGGACCUAAGAUACCUAAGACUACGGGGCGGGACCCUCUGUCGUAUUUGGAGGGCAAUUCAGAAACACAGAGCUCAGGAGCAGAGAAGACAGCAGAGGAGUGGAGAGAACAUGGAGGGCUGACAGAAUGUCCCGUGCGUGGCAAGAGACUCCCCCAGCAGAAUGGAGACGUGUGCACAUGCAUGCACAAGCUUAUAUUAUGAUGCUCUCAUUGACUAGAGUUCUCAUAUUGCAUGCUAUUUGAUGUGCUGUCUGUUUUCUCUCCCCCUGAUUGGUCAAUUAUUUUUUCUCUCCCUGUUAUUUGUUAACUGACCCUCUCUUCCCAAACAUUAAUGAAUAACUACACUUCCACUAAAAUGUCAAACUGCGUUUGACUUGGAAUGCUGAAACCUAUUCCUUAUAGUUAUCCUCCCACCCCCAACAAAAAAAACUUUUUUGAGGAACUGUGUAGAUUCCAGUGAGGCCCUUGCAUUUAGCAAUAGCCUGAAUUUACCAUUGACAACAAAAAAAAAUCUAUGCAGCCUGAGUGGGGUACAUUUUGUGGCAAUUGUCAAUAAUUCCAUUACCCUUUAUGGACAUUGAGGGAAGACUGAUAUAUCACAUCUUCCUGAACUGUCAAUUUACUCAAACCAUUUAAAACUAUUUUUACCGAAAUUUCUGUUUAUACAUUUUACUUAGAAUCUAGCUUGUAUGUCCCAUGUUCCCUCUGAAUGGUCAGUGUGGGUCUCUGCUGUGGUGAACACUACUAAAUGUCACUUGUUUAGAUUUCUUGUGCUGGUUGCAGUGUCAAAUUCACAAGCUGAUUAUACCUAUAAACACACACCAGCUCAAUCAGAAUCCGCAUCCAAACCUUCUGUUCAACCAUUCUAUAUUUCAUCUGACCAUUGUUCAACGCUAUUGCUCUGACUACCGCUCCACACUGCCACUCUGAAUACCACUCCACACUACUGCUCUGACUACCACUCCACACUACUGCUCUGACUACUACUCCACACUACUGCUCUGACUACCGCUCCACACUGCUACUCACACCACUGCUCCACACUGCCACUCUGACCACUACUCCACACUGCUGCUCUGACCACUGUUCCACGCUACUGCUCUGACCACCGCUUCACACUGCUGUUCUGACCACUGUUCGAUACUGUUGUUCUGACCACUGCUCCACGCUACUUGCUAAGGACAGAGCAGGCUGUGAACUAUGCCUGAAAAUGAUUAGUUAUCUGGCAUGGGGGCCAGUAACAGGCAAGACUGGGGCGAGGGCUAUCCAUGUAUUCUAACUUUACAAACUGUAACUUUGCCACUAUUUGAAUCAGCUAUCACUGUCCUAUGCUUGUCUGUCUGGUAUGUAAUUGGGUGUACCCUUCUCGUGUUUUUGUGUGUGGGGUCCGGGACUAUAUGCACUCCUCUCAUGUGUUUUGGGGGAUAUAUUCAGGACUAUGUACCCAAAGGAGCCUGAGGAAAUGCUCAAGCAGACUGAACUAGCAGGGAAGUACAAUGAUGGCGCAUCACAUACCAAGAAAGGAAAUUAUUACUUUAGUUUUUGUACUUUAUUCUCCUGCCUAGCAAGUCUAUUUCUAUUGUCAUAGCUAAAAAGCUAGGAACAUGCCUUAUGCAUAACAGUGUUGAAUACACUGGUACCAAAGUUUCACAAGUUUGCUAUGCUUGGGAGCUGUACAGGGGGGAGUGGGGUAGCCAGGUAAUGUUACUACAGUGACAGGUCUAACAAAGCUUAAUCUGAAUGUCUGCCCUUCUUAUAGGGUUUUUUUUAAGGCUAUAGGUACGGACAAUAUGCUGAUGCUGGCUGUCUAUCAGCAUUUUUAAAUCACAUGAUGGUUGGGACACACAUUCUGUUCUGCAUGUCAUAUUAUAGCCCUUCAUGCAUGUACAGUACCUGUUUCCAGGGUGUGUCUGCUGUGACACACUUGUCACUAGAGGAAGACAACACUGGAUGGGAUGAAGCUAGAAAUCACACUGGCCUUGCCGCUCUGUGUUCACUUCAUAUGUGUGUGCCUGUAUAUCCCUGCUCAUAUUUGUCAUACCAGUCACCUUGCUCGUGCAGUCAUCUCCAUGGAUUAAGAUCUCUUGUUGCAGUUCCUCACUGACCAAUAGACUCCAACUGGCAUCUGAAAGAAUACAGGACUAUUAGAAAACCAAUGUUUCUAGAACCCAUCUUUCUCUCUCCCUGUUGUGCUUGAAGUAUUGCACUUGUUAUUAGUUGUAGUAAUAAAAUGUGAGACACAUUAACCCCUUCGCGCAAGCCCCCUUGUGGCCAUGACACUGGCGUCCUGAGAUUGCAACUGAAAUUAUGAGUAGAAACAAUAAACUGUGUUCUAGUUUUAGAAGCAGAUGAUACAUGACAACUAUGCCGAAUACAAAGUUUCCAAGUGCCACCAUUGUUGCCUAGGUUGUCCACUUAACAAGCAUCCCCUCCCUGCAGUCUCAUCUGCAACAGUAUCCCCAAGCAUGAAACACUGGACAAUAGCGUCUAUCUGGGAGUUCAUGAAAAUAUUCAUUCACCCCAAAAAUUAGUUUUGUCAUAAAAAAUAAAGCCAACAAUACCCUGAAUUAUGGCAAUACAGCAGUGAAAAAUGCUGCUCAUUAUUGAAUAGCAAAAUAAACAAGAGGAUUUCUUGUAUAAUUAUACCAUGCCAUUAUACUACCGAUAUCUGACUAAAUAUGGAUUAAAUGUGCAAUCGUACGAUUGGUUUUACAUGUAGACAUAUCUCUUUCAAGAUUCAGUGGUCAUUUGUUGUCUUGAACAAUUUGUUUGAGAAAUAAUCAUGCAAAUACAAAGCAACACUUGUUGUUUAUGCCAUUGUAACUCUUCAGUUCAUUCUGGUUUGAUUGAAAAGUCUUUUAUCCAGUAGAGGAUAGUAUUUUCUUUCCAAUGGUGUAUGGCAUGUUUCAUUGGAAGUUUAUAACAAUGAUUAAGAGACCAGCGUAACAGCAUGAAUGGUUGCUUCAGCACAGCAUGCACAGUCAUCCAUAACCUUACGUGUUAAUUUACAAGCACUCGUUAUGGUGUAAUUACUGUUUUCCUUCAGUUUCUGGAAGAUUUGACUAAUUUUGCCAACUCAUCAGCAUGGCUAAAGCUAAUUCUUGUCAUGCUGACAUGGAUUUGAGGCAUGGGUCAGAAGAAGAGGAGGAAGCAUAAAGUCUCACGAGAAUACACAUGAACAUGGCAAAUAUGUAUUACUGCUUGUAACAUUUGAGGAAUUUAUGUUGUGUCAUAUUUUUGAUAUUGUUAUAUUUGCAUUGGUCAUAAUAGACAACUGUCAGCCUCUGCUAAUAAGAAUAUUUGAAUUGGGGCUAGCUAACGGUUGUUAGUAUAGGGGCAUUUGUUAGUGUAGUGGCUCAUAGAGGCCUGCUUUGUUAGAAUUCUUUUUACAAGAAAUUUGUGCUAUUCUCUAAUGCGAGCAUUUCACAUGCUGUAGUUUUAAGUGUUCAUAGGUGGCUCAAUUAUAUUUAUGCACUGAUUUACCAUAAAGCAAGGACAUCGGCAACAUUUUUCUAAUGGUGAAAUAUUAUUUUAUUGUAAUCUUACUGUACAUAAUGUGAGGCAUUAGUAUCUCCGUGGGCAGUACUUGUCACUUGGGGCAUGUAAAUACUCAGAUUUACUGUGUGCUGAUGUGUGGUAGAUGAAUGUAAAAUUUUCCUUGGAGUGAUCAUAAAUAGUAACAUUUGUAAAAUGUUGUCCUGUCCCCAUGCAACACAAAAUGAAAUACUGCAGAGUACAGAAAAACAUACAAGAGUGAGGAUUACAUAUUUAGGUAUGUGUACCGGUGUGUCACAAUGUUUUGCAUUAUCAAAUGCAUCAUUUGCAUUUUUCAGUGCGAUAUCAAUGGUUAAUAUUAACCAUCAUAAGGGACAACUUUAUAUGCUUUAUAAUGAACAAAAAGCAUAUUAUUCAACAUUUCAGGGAGGUUUUGGCUAGGUUUUUGGACCCCUAGAUAUCUUAGACCCUUAUACUACUGAAAAUAUAGUAAAUCCCACUUGAAAAUGAUGAUUUUCUUGAAUCCCAACAAUUGAUUUAUAAUGAAAUGUGAAUAUAUUAUGGUUUACAGCAAUGCACAAUUUAUCCUUUUUGGACAGACAUAUUUGGAGACACUAAGGGACACCAGGCUACACUGCUUACAAUUUGAUUCAUAUAUUUUUUAGUAGAUUUGCAUAUCACCCUCAGACUUUGCACAUUUAUGGUCAAGGAGCUUAUGAUCCAGGAAAUGUAUAGUUAUAUCUGUUUUACAUUAUGAGGCCCUCUGUAUUCAAUUUCAGAAUAAAGGAGAACAUUUUGCAUUUUU